AUAUGAUGUGUUCGCUCGUACCCGUAAACGACUGACAAAAAAAGAUUUCUCCACCUAAUACUGAAAAAUUAUAGAGUGACUAAAGCUACAGGAAAGUAAUAGAAGAUAGAUAUACGUACAGAAUAUAGUGAUACAGUUAUGACUACCGAAUUGAAAUCAGUGCUUUUGAUAGGAGGAGCCGGGUUUCUCGGACUUCAUUUAAUUGAACAAUUUUCAAAGUUAAGUCCAGGUACUUCCAUUCAUGUAUUUGAUGUUAGACCAUUACCAGAGAAGUUAUCAACAUAUUUUACAUUUGAUCCUUCCAGUAUAAAAUUCCAUCAAGGUGAUUUAACAUCUGAAAAAGAUGUUAGUGAUGCCAUUAUAGAAUCUCAAUGUCAAGUUAUUGUUCAUUCUGCAUCUCCAAUGCAUGGAUUACCUCAAGAAAUAUAUGAAAAAGUUAACAUUAAGGGUACUCAAAAUUUAAUUAAAAUUGCUAAACAACAUUCAUCUAUUGUUAAGGCAUUGGUAUAUACUUCAUCUGCUGGUGUUAUUUUUAAUGGUCAAAACAUUAAGAAUGCUGAUGAAUCUUGGCCAUAUCCUGAAGUCCAUAUGGAUGGUUAUAAUGAAACCAAAGCUAUUGCUGAGACUGCUGUUAUGGAAGCAAAUUCUCCAGAAUUACUUACUGUAUGUUUAAGACCAGCUGGUAUUUUUGGCCCAGGUGAUCGUCAAUUGGUGCCUGGUUUAAGAGCAAGUGCUAAGUUAGGUCAAUCUAAGUAUCAAUUAGGAGAUAAUAACAAUUUAUUCGAUUGGACUUAUGUUGGUAAUGUGGCUGAUUCUCAUGUAUUGGCUGCUCAAAAGAUUUUAGAUCCAAAUUAUGCUGAUAAAAUUGGUGGUGAAACUUUCUUCAUAACAAAUGAUGCUCCAACUUAUUUCUGGACUUUAGCUAGAACCGUCUGGAAAGCUGACGGUUAUAUUGAUAAAUAUUAUAUUAAGUUAAGCAGACCAUUAGGUAUAGUCUUGGGUUACUUGUCAGAAGCAUUUUCAAAUCUUGCUGGAAAAGAACCUGGAAUUACUCCAUUUAGAGUAAAAGUUGUAUGCGCUCAUCGUUAUCACAACAUAUCUAAGGCUAAAUCUAUUCUUGGCUAUACACCAAAUGUUGAUCUUGAAACCGGUAUAAAAUAUACUUUGGACUGGAUGAACGAAACUAAUUAAGUAUAACUUUGCAUAGACAAUAAAAUAUAUAUAGAAUACAUGAAUUUUUCUAAGAAAUAGCAAUUGCAAUCGAAAUUAUCACUGUUAAGAAAACAGUAUUAAUCAAAGUU